AUGGAUCCCACAUCUAGUCACCAGUGUGCGGUUGUCGUGCAGAACCCAGGAAAUAAUUAUGAAAUGAUCAUCCGCGACGACAUCCCCAUCAACAAACCCUGUCCAGACGAGAUCCUGGUAAAGUUGACAUGUACAGGCCUCUGUCAUUCUGAAAUCCGCGCCGUCCUAGCCUGGGGCGCCUACAACCCUAUCAUCGGCCACGAAGGCGUUGGAACCGUAAUCCAGGCCGGCCCCAACGUCUCCCCCUCACUACUGAACCAACGCGUCGGGGUGAAGUGGCUGUAUAACGCCUGUACCACCUGCUCUGCCUGUCAACGCGGUUUUAGUCACUACUGCGCGCAGCAGAAGAAUACAAGUCGCCAUGUGCCUGGUACAUUACAACAGUACGUCAUCGCAGACGCCAGGUUCAUCACGCGCAUCCCGGAGACAGUGCCAGAUGAAGUUGCCGCGCCCUUAUUGUGUGCUGGUCUCACUAUGGCUGGUGCGGUGGCUAGACUAAAUGACUAUCGUCUGUGUUCCGGUGAUUGGGCGGUGAUUUCGGGAUCAGGAGGCGGAUUGGGGCAUUUGGGGGUUCAAAUUGCGGCUCGGACAAAGGGAUUCCGGGUCAUCGCGAUUGAUAGCGGGGAAGAAAAGAGAAAGAUAAGCAUGGAGUCUGGUGCCGAGGUGUUUGUCGAUUACCGGACGGAAGAUGUUGCGGCGAGGAUCCGGGAGGUGACAGGGGGAGAAGGGGCCCAUGCAACGAUUGUAGUGCCUGGGACGAGAGAGGCAUUCGAGAUGGCGCCGCAGGUUGUGAGGAAUAUGGGGUUGAUUGUCGGUGUGGGAUUACCACCGAAUGACAUGGAGUGGCCUAUUUCUGCAACCGUAUCCGCGGCUAGAGGUCUUUCUAUUGUUGGCUCUUCGGUCGGUACGGAAGAGCAGAUGGAUGAGCUUCUGCAGCAGGCAGCGAGGGGAGAGAUUACGCCUGCGAUAGAAGUAUUUGACUUUGCGGAUACGCCGCGUCUUGUGGAUGGGUUGAGGAAUGAUGCUAUUAGCGGUAGAGCAGUGGUGAAAAUACCGCAAUAA